AACACGUCGUGGUUUGACAUAAAGUUUAUUCUGAAAGGUUCGUGACGAGUUUCCGCUGAAUGCUGCUAGCUUUACAUGCGGAUCUUUUUUUCAGUUUAACGGAUCCAGGUUGGAUCAAAGUUCCGAGAUUCUCCCGCAGACUGAGUCCAGAACCGGACCAGAACUACUUCUACCGACCAGAACCGUCUUGUUCCGUGUUCCGGUCCCAAAGUCCGGGGACGCUGAAGUCUCCUCGCCGCCGAUGCUAGCGUCUCUUUAACCGUCCAGCCGUUAGGUUCCGUUGGUCCAAACAUGGAGACGAACAUCACCCUGUUCGAGCUGCUCAACCUGUCCAUCGGUUCCCCUCACAAAGGUACGGUGAACUUCCACGCCCUCCACGCGCUGCUGCUGGAGAUGCUGAAGCUGCUGGACCUGCGGGAGGCCACGACCCUCUUUAAGUUCAGCCCUCCCGGGGACCGAGUGCCCGACGCCCCGCUGGCUGCUCCGGUGAUGGUUCUGACCCACCCCUCCGUGUCGGACCAGCUGGUUCCGCUCAGUUCCGACCUACAGAAACUGACAGACUCGGUCUCUGUUCUGGAUGGAACCGGAGGGGACGACCUCCGAACCUCCGGGGACGGAGUGUCACAGGCCUUGAAUCUCAUCGAGGAGCUGCAGAAGAACAGAGACGAUAUGAAGCAGAAGACGGAGCAUCUGCAGUCCAAGGCCUCGAACAUCAUUGAAGACCUGCAGAGAAACAGCGCAAAUCUGAGGGAGAAGGCAGAGGAGUUGCAGCACAAGGCCUUGAAGGUCAUCGAGCAGCUGCAGGACAGCAAAGAUCUGAAGGAGAAGACCGAUGACAUGCAGCACAAGAUGGAGGUGCGGGCAGGUCUGGAGAACUGCUGCCAACGUCUGGACGUCCUGGACAAGGCAGUGGAAUCCAUGCAGGAACUCUUCCAGAUGUAUCCGGACCCAGAGGAGCUCAACCAGUGUGUGACCUGGGUCCAGUUGGUUGAGAAGGACAUGGAGGUUGAUGAGAACCUGGUGACUUCAGAGGUUCUGGACCAGCCCUGGUUGAUAGAACAGACUGGACCUGACCCUUCAGCGCCGUCCUCUGGUGUCCCGGCGCCAUCAACUGGUGUACCGGUGCUAUACUCAUGUGACAAUGAGCCGUCCUCCGCUGCAACUGCGCCGACCUCUGGCACUUCUGCGCCAGCCUCUGGUGUACCAGUUCCAUCCCCAGGUCCCUCUGCACCAUCCUCUCAUCUCUCAGCGCCAUCUUCUGGUACCUCUGCAGCAUUUGCCGAUGCCUCUGCACUGUCCUCCCAUCCCGCAGCACCGUUUUCCGGUGCCUCUGCGCCGUCCUCUGGUGCCUCUUCACCAUCCUCUGGUGUCUCAGUGCCGUUGUCUGGUGGUCCCCUUCACCCAGAGAGCUCCCCCCCGUCUGCUGCUCCAUCUUUUCCAAGCAUCUCUGCCAAGGAUCGGUCCUUGGAAGCAGCAGCAGACUCCACUCAAGCCUCCUCUGAUGGGUCUGAAGGCGGAACAAUAGCUGGGGACCGGGACAGAGCCACAGAACCACAACCUGUGACCUCAUCGGUCCUUCCAGGGUCCACCCCAGAGACUGUACCACAAGCUGGAGCACAAGCUGGAACACAACCUGGAGCACAAGCUGGAGCACAAGCUGGAGCACAACCUGGAGCACAAGCUGGAGCACAAGCUGGAGCACAACCUGGAGCACAAGCUGGAGCACAACCUGGAGCACAAGCUGGAGCACAAGCUGGAGCACAACCUGGAGCACAAGCUGGAGCACAAGCUGGAGCACAACCUGGAGCACAAGCUGGAGCACAACCUGGAGCACAAGCUGGAGCACAACCUGGAGCACAAGCUGGAGCACAAGCUGGAGCACAAGCUGGAGCACAAGCUGGAGCACAACCUGGAGCACAAGCUGGAGCACAACCUGGAGCACAAGCUGGAGCACAAGCUGGAGCACAACCUGGAGCACAAGCUGGAGCACAACCUGGAGCACAAGCUGGAGCACAACCUGCUAAGGUGGCCUCCAGCAUCACUCCUGUGUCUUCUGCAGGGAUUCGUGGAGAUCUGAAGAGACCCUCGGAAUCUGCUAUGAGUAAGACCUACAUCCUGCAGAUGGAGGAGUUUUUGAAGAACAUCAGGAAGUUACAGGAGAGGGUCACCCAGCUAGAGGCCCAGACAAGGAUUCUGGAGGAGGAGAAGGUGGACUGGACCGGGUUGGCCCAGUUUAUCAGCUCCAGAGGUUCUCUUGACGUCCCUGGCAGCACGACGGAUCAGAUGCAGCAACACCAAGCUCUGAUGGAGAACCUGAAGACCGAAGACAAGCUGGAGCAUCUGGAGGACAUGUUGGACAACCUCAGGAGCCAGGAGACGGGCAGCAGCGCAGCAGGAGCGGCAGAUCAUCCUGAUCCAGGGAUUAAAGAUCUCACUCAGCAGGUGUCUGACCUCAGGUCUUCCCUGGUCCAGGUGGAGCAGGAGGUGGAGCUCCUGAAGGAGAAACAGGCUCAGAGUGAGGAGAGAGCUGCAGACCAUCUGCAGGACCAGCUGAACGACCUGCGGGGGACGUUGGAGGACACCAUUGUGUCUCUGUCGUCCCAGCUGUCCAGCAGCCUCCAGCAGGAGGUGGAGAAGAAGACGGAGGAGGCGGAAGAGGAGGAGGCGGAAGAGGAGGAGGCAGAAGAGGAGGAGGCGGAAGAGGAGGAGGCGGAAGAGGAGGAGGAGGCAUUCAGCAGCUCGGUGGAGGUGGGCCGGAAGCUCAGCCUGCUGUUCCAGAACUAUGAGCAGCUGGAAGACACGGUCAACCUGCUGGUCCAGCAGCAGCAGCAGGGCUCAGCUAGGGAUGGUCUGGACGAGGACCGAGACAUGAGCAGGAGCCUGGACCUGGUGUACGACGUCCAGAGGGCCAUCCAGGAACUGCAGGCCGAGUGCGAACGCCUGCAGGAGGCAACCAGGAGUCUGCAUGAGGACAACCAGCAGAAGCAGGGACACAUCGAGGAGCUCUACAAGACGGCAGAGGAGCUGCAGGUGAAAAAGGCCGACAAGCUGAUGGUGGAGAGCGAGAUUAAAGCGGACAAGCUGGCCCUGGACAGCAAGGUGAGCCGUCUUCAGUUCGACGCGGCGACGGAGCAGCUGACCUCCAUGUUCCAUGAGCUGCUCAACAAGAUGACGGGUCAGGAGCACGACUGGCACCAGCUGGUGGACAAGCUGUCCACCGACAUGGAGUGCAAGCUGAACCGAAUGGAGUUGGACUCGGUGAAGCUGCAGCUGGAGGAGCGCUGGCGCAGCAUCCUGAAGAAGCUGCAGACGCAGAGCGCGCCGCUGGAGGACGACGCCGCCGGCAUCAGGAAGAAGCUGCUGGAGCGGUUCCAAUGCCUGUCCUGUGACCGCGUCAUCAUGAAGCAGACCCCUGGCCCCAUCGUGCAGACGCUGCCGACGUUCCCUCCUUUCCCCGCGCCGAAGUCCGCCCGGCCCUGGACCAUGGAUCAGAUCCGCCAACACUACCGCAGCCUAACGCCCGGAACCAGCCAGCGCCGGGUCCAGCUGCAGAAGAACCACGCCGACAUGCUGCGGCAGCUAGACAGCAUCGAGCGCCAGCGCCGCCUCCGCCAGCGCCCCAACCGGGUCGCCGAGUCGCCGGCCCGACCAGCCGGAGUGCCGCACGCCAGCACGUCUGCGGGUCAGCGCCGCAGCGGCCCCCAGCGCCACCGACUGCCGACCCGGGUCGAGGGCAUGGACCUGAUGCAGGAAGCCGACAUCAUCGGACGAGACGGGCGGAUCUACAAAGGACGCUUCAACAUCGGCCAGCUGAAGAGCCCAGAAACCAAGUUGCCCAACAUCGUUUCCAGAGACGGUAAACUGAAGGAGAGGACCAGGAGCGCCCCCAAAGCCCCCGCUGCGUCUCCGGAGGCGGAGCCUAGCCCUCUGGCCACGCCCCCGUCUCUCAGCACCAAAAGCCUGCAGCCCAGCCGACCAGCCUCCAGUGGUUCUGGUCCGGACUGGGCCGUGUCGCCUCUGGGCUCCGUCAGUCCGCUGUCAGCAGCAGAGAGCGAGCCGCUCGGCCUGUAGGGGGCGGCGCUGAGCCAAAGCACUGCUGCUAAUAUUUUCAGAUCAGUUCAGGAAUAAAGCUCACUGAACACGUC